AUGAAUUCCUCCCUUCCAUCGUGGAAGGAUCGCACGCAGAACCAUUUCGGCAAGCUUCAGAUUCAAGUACCAUGGCGCUCCAUGAAGCUCCUCGUCCCUCAUCGGAUGCGACGCAAGCUCCGAUCGAAGCUACGAAGUCGGAUAACGCCUACCUCCUCGUUGUCGUCGCUGCAGACGUCCUUCUCGCCCGUCGAUACGCUUAGAUCGCUACAGAGUCAUCGGUGGACGCCUUACGACUUCCAAUACUUGCUGCUGUUGAUCGUGUGCAUUUUCUCCUUGACUAUAAUCGAGUCUCCGGGGCCGUUGGGGAAGACGGCUAUGUUUACGGGGCUGCUCGUCUCUCUUCUCCUUCCCAUUACUCGUCAGUUCUUUUUGCCGUUUUUGCCCAUUGCUGGGUGGCUUUUGUUCUUCUACGCUUGCCAGUUUGUUCCAAGUGACUGGCGCCCUGCUAUCUGGGUUAGAGUGCUGCCUGCGUUGGAGAACAUUCUCUAUGGCGCCAACAUCAGCAACAUUCUGUCCGCUCACCAGAAUGUGGUGCUUGACGUUCUUGCUUGGAUCCCGUAUGGUCUCUGCCACUACGGUGCUCCUUUCGUCACCUCCCUGAUCAUGUUUAUCUUCGGUCCUCCCGGGUUCGUUCCCGUUUUUGCCCGGACUUUCGGAUACAUCAGCAUGACUGCCGUUGCCAUCCAGCUGCUCUUCCCGUGCUCGCCUCCAUGGUAUGAGAACUUGUAUGGGUUGGCUCCGGCCGACUACUCAAUGCAGGGUAACCCCGCGGGUCUGGCUCGCAUUGACAAACUUCUGGGUAUCGACCUGUACACUUCUGGUUUCAAGCAGUCUCCUGUGGUGUUUGGUGCCUUCCCGUCGCUGCACGCUGCGGACUCGACUCUGGCUGCUCUGUUCAUGAGCCAGGUCUUCCCCCGCUUGAAGCCUCUGUUUGUCACCUACACGCUCUGGAUGUGGUGGGCUACCAUGUACCUCUCCCACCACUACGCAGUCGACUUGGUCGGUGGUGGUCUUUUGGCCACUAUCGCAUUCUACUUCGCCAAGACUCGUUUCCUCCCGCGCGUUCAGGUUGAUAAGCUUUUCCGUUGGGACUACGAUUAUGUCGAGGUUGGUGAUGCUGCUCCGGGCUACGGCUACGGCCUCUCGACCCUCGACAGCGACGAAUGGACUGUUGGUUCUUCGUCGUCGUUCUCGUCUGGCUCUCUCAGCCCUGUGGAUGACCACUACGCCUGGGAGAGUGAUUCUCUAGUCUCUCCGGCCUCCGACCUUGAGUCUGGGCGGCAUCACAUCGUGAGUCCAUAA